AGAAAUGCAAUUGUCGAGUGUUGAGAUUUCGCGAUCUAUGAUAUCCCGACGCUCACGUGCUCUACAAUAAUAGAUAACACCACCUGCAUCCAAAGCGGUGGGAGCGUCUCUGUCCGGCUCAAGCAAAAACAUCGUCCGUACAUUCCCUGCCAUCAUACCACUUCUAGCAUUUCGUGGAGGCUCGAGCAUGGCCGCAAGAUAGAACCUCAGCACCACUACUCUCGCUCGUCACUGAAAUCCCCUCCAAAAGAUCAACCGCGACAUCCAGAUAUCAACAUGUUCCGCUCUGGUCCCCGAGCAGUCCGUCACUUGCGACAGCUUCAGUCUAAACGUGCCUCGUUACCACAUCUUCAUCAAGCGACUCGCACGAUCACCUCCAGUUCGAUCCGGAUGGCGCCGUCGCUGUCAUCAGUCUCACCACCUCUACCUUCCUCUCACCCCACCGAAGCCUUCCAACUUCUGCCCGAAUCAGAAAAGCCCGAUGCCGAACAACAAAUCUUCGACGAGCAGGUCAAGCAGGUCAAGGAGUGGUGGUCGAGUCCGCGCUACAAGGGUAUCAAGAGACCGUACACACCGGAGGAUGUCGUCAGCAAGCGAGGCACACUACAACAGGUCUACCCUUCAAGCCUGACCGCGAGGAAGCUUUUCAAUCUCCUCGAAGAACGCUUCGCGGAGAGGAAGCCGGUACACACGAUGGGAGCAAUCGACCCCAUCCAGAUGACGCAGCAAGCGCCGCAUCAGGAGAUCCUUUAUGUCUCCGGCUGGGCUUGCUCGUCCGUCCUGACCACCACGAACGAGGUCAGCCCAGAUUUUGGCGACUACCCGUACAACACCGUUCCCAACCAAGUCCAGCGAUUGUUCAAGGCACAGCAGCUCCAUGAUCGCCGCCACUACGAUGCCCGGAUGAAACUGACGGCACAGCAACGCAAGGAGACGCCAUACAUCGACUACCUGCGACCGAUCGUCGCCGACGGCGAUACUGGACACGGUGGAUUGAGUGCGGUUCUCAAACUUGCCAAGUUAUUUGCUGAGAACGGCGCGGCCGCCGUCCACUUCGAGGAUCAAUUACACGGCGGCAAGAAAUGCGGGCACUUGGCGGGUAAGGUUUUGGUGCCCGUGGGCGACCACAUCUCACGACUGGUCGCGGCUCGCUUCCAGUGGGAUCUGAUGGGAUGCGAGAACCUGGUCAUCGCACGAACCGACAGCGAGAGCGGCAAGCUGCUGUCCUCGGCCAUCGAUGCGCGCGACCACGAAUUCAUCCUCGGCGUGACCGAAGACGUGGAGCCUCUCGCAGACUCCCUGCAGAAGAUGGAGUACGAAGGCGCGUCCGGCCCGGAGAUUGACCGCUUCGAGGCCGAAUGGGUCAAGAAGCACAAGCUCGUCACCUUCGACGAAGCCGCCGAGGCGCACAUCACCGCCGCCGGCCGCGACCCAGCCGGUUAUCUCCAAUCCGUGCGCGCCAGCCCCAACACCCCUCUCCACCAACGACGGGCUGCCGCCGCCAAGGCCGCCGGCUCCCCCGUCGUCUUCAGCUGGGACGUGCCGCGCACGCGCGAGGGCUUCUACCACUACCGCGCGGGCAUCGCGGCCGCGACCAAGCGCGCCAUCGCCUUCGCGCCCUACGCCGACCUGCUCUGGCUCGAGACGAAAGACCCCAGCGUCUCGGCCGCCGCGGGCUUCGCCGCGGACAUCCACGCCGCCGCGCCGGGCAAGAAGCUCGUCUACAACCUCUCGCCGUCCUUCAACUGGUCCGCCCACGGCUUCUCCGACGCCGACCUCAAGGGCUUCAUCUGGGACCUCGCCAAGCACGGCUUCGUGCUCCAGCUCGUCAGCCUGGCCGGCCUGCACAGCACCGCGACCAUCUCCCACGAACUGGCCCGCGCGUACAAGACCGACGGCAUGAAGGCCUACGUGGAGCUCGUCCAGCGGAGGGAGAAGGAGUCCGGGUGCGAUGUCCUCACGCAUCAGAAGUGGAGCGGAGCGACGUAUCUCGACGGCAUCAUCGGCAGCAUCCAGGCGGGAAGCAGCGGGAGCCGGAGCAUGGGUGACGGGAACACCGAGGGGAGCUUUUAGGGUUGGCCCGAUGGUUCGGUAGGGUUGCUGGAUUUCCUCUGCGGCGCAAUGUUACAACUUGAGUGUCGUUGUUUGAAGGAUAGAAUAUUUGUAUAUUUCCAGAGAAAGACGUGUUCUGUACACCAAGGCUUUCCUCGUGUUCUCCAAACUGCCCAGGUGGGGAUGAGUGAAGUGUGUUCGCGUUACGGGCCCGGCGUCUAUCGAGUGGGUCCGCUUCGAUUGGGGUUCUGAACGCCUCUUUGGCUCAACUUGAGUGCGUGAUGUUCGUAGCUCUACUG